AUGGCUACUUCUACUGGCGCCAAGUUCGAGUUCCUGUGCAUCCUGCCCGAUAAACCGGGGGCGCUCGCCAAGAGACUCGAAGUCAGACCGUCCCAUCUUGAAGGUGUCAAGCCGUAUGUCGAGGCUGGUCAGCUCGUGUUGGGUGGAGCCAUGCUUGAAUCUCAUCCUGCACCGGGUGAAACUCCUGCAUUCAAAGGCAGUGUGAUGAUGAUCGUUGCGGAGAGUGUGGAGCAGGCCAAGGAGAUCAUCAGCCAGGACAUUUACACGCGCACAGGAGUAUGGGAUCUGGAAAAUGCGCAGUUCAUUCCGUUCAAAUCUGCUGUGCGGACGUCUUUGUAA